GAGUUUGUUAUCACCUGCGUUUUCAUUAGUAUUUCGUCACUUGCAACCGCCACAUAGUUCCCGACUACUUUUACUUUCCUCGACUAUAAUGGAACCAAAAAUUAGCCUGAAAAAGGAUCCAGCAUAUCAAAGACUUCAAGAAUAUUAUAAUACAAACGGAAGUAAAAUAAAUAUAUUACAACUGUUUCAACAAGAUACCGAAAGAUUUAAUAAAUUCAGUCUGAACAUCCAAACACCAAAUGACGGAGAUAUCCUAUUGGAUUAUUCCAAGAAUCGUGUGAAUAAUGAAGUCCUCACUUUGCUUCUCAACUUGGCCAAGAGCCGCGGUGUGGAGCAAGCAAGAGAUGCCAUGCUUGGAGGUGAGAAAAUUAACUUCACUGAAGAUAGGGCAGUCCUCCACGUUGCGCUGCGCAACAGACAGAACAGGCCAAUCCUGGUCGCUGGCAAAGAUGUCACGCCCGAUGUCAAUGCCGUCCUGGCACACAUGAAGGAAUUUUCUGAACAGGUUAUCAGUGGGCAGUGGAAGGGGUACACGGGUAAGCCGAUAACUGACGUGAUCAAUAUUGGUAUUGGGGGGUCGGACCUCGGCCCUCUCAUGGUCACUGAAGCAUUGAAACCUUAUGCCAAUCAUCUCAAGGUGCACUUUGUAUCAAAUAUCGACGGUACACACCUGGCUGAGGUGCUGAAGCGGCUCGACCCUGAGACGGCGCUGUUCAUCAUUGCUUCCAAGACCUUCACCACGCAGGAGACCAUCACGAAUGCCACCUCAGCCAAGAACUGGUUCUUAGAAGCUGCUAAAGACCCAUCAGCCGUGGCGAAGCAUUUCGUGGCGCUGUCAACCAACGCUGAGAAGGUGACAGGCUUCGGCAUCGAUGCACAGAACAUGUUCGGAUUUUGGGACUGGGUCGGAGGCAGGUAUUCUCUAUGGUCUGCUAUCGGCCUGUCCAUCUCGUUAUACAUUGGCUAUGAUAAUUUCGAGAAACUUCUAGAAGGUGCCAACUUUAUGGACCAACACUUCACUACUGCGCCUUUGGAGAGAAAUGCGCCAGUCCUACUAGCAGUUCUGGGUGUGUGGUAUAGCAACUUCUAUGGAGCUGAGACACACGCUCUUUUGCCGUAUGAUCAGUAUUUACACAGAUUUGCGGCGUACUUUCAACAAGGGGAUAUGGAGAGCAAUGGGAAAUAUGUGACGCGUUGCGGCGAGCGCGCGAACUACAGCACUGGGCCGAUAGUGUGGGGGGAGCCGGGGACCAACGGUCAACACGCCUUCUACCAGCUGAUACAUCAAGGCACAAGGUUGAUUCCGUGUGACUUCAUCGCCCCAGCACAAACCCAUAACCCGAUCUCCAAUGGCGUCCACCAUAAGAUUUUAUUAGCUAACUUCCUCGCACAAACGGAGGCGUUAAUGAAGGGAAAGACACCGGACGAAGCACAAGCAGAGUUGGAGAAGUCAGGUUUGACUCCUGAGGCGAUCAGCAAAAUACUACCCCACAAGGUGUUCCUUGGUAACCGGCCCACGAAUUCGAUCGUCGUGAAAAAAGUUACGCCUUUCACGCUCGGAGCACUCAUUGCAUUAUAUGAGCAUAAAAUCUUCACUCAAGGCGUUAUAUGGGACAUUAAUUCCUUCGACCAAUGGGGCGUUGAACUCGGCAAACAACUGGCAAAGGCGAUAGAACCGGAGUUGCAAGAUUCUAACCCUGUAUCUAGUCACGACGGCUCCACAAACGGACUCAUAAACUUUUUGAAGGCAAACUUUUAAAACUAAUAUUGUAUUAUAAAUAUGUAAUUUAGGUAUUUCAUUCAUACUAAGUUCGACCAAUAUUUUUAUGAAGUUUAUUAUUAUAUUCCCGCUGUUGGGAAUGGUGUCUAAUCAUAAUAAUGAAAUUAAAAUUAGAUGUAAAUAUAAAAAAUAUAUGUAUAUUUGGAAUCUGAAAUGUGUGUUGUAAUAGAAUGAAAUGAAAGUUUAAAAAAGUAACAUAUUUACUAUUGUAAUAUUUUAACUAAACGUUAGUGAGUUAUUACCUGUUUUUUUAUUAUUUCGUUAACACGAUUAAACAUGAUAUAUAUGUGUAUAACAAAUUGUUUGUUUUUUAAUCCCCUAAUAAAUAAUAAAAAAAAAUACAUUACGUGCGUCGGAGCGUGUUGACCAUUUGUUUACCCUUUGUGCUCUCAUUGUACAAUAAAAAAAAAGACAAUGAUUUUCUUGUCUUUGUUUAUGCUUGUUCUAAAAUAUGAUUAAUGCAUAUAAUAUUUAUAUAAUAAACUAGCUGUCUCGGCAAACGUUGUUUUGUCAUAUAAAUUAAUAACGCUAUAAAACAAUAGGGGUUGGUGAUAGAAGGAUGAAAAUUUAGGGUUGUAUGUAUUUUUUAAUGACACAAUAAAAAAAUAUAAAUAAAAAAAAUUGCCUAGCAAAUAAAAAAAUAAUGUUAGGGGUGGACAACCCCUUUUCGCUUGGGGUAUGAAAAAUAGAUUGUAACCGAUCCUCAUAUCUACUGAAUAUGCAUAUAAAAUUUCAUAAAAAUCGGUCAAGUCGUUUCAGAGGAGUAUGGUAACUAUGUGUGUGACACGAGAAUUUUAUAUAAAGGAUAAGUUUAAAUAUACAUUCUGUGUAUAUUCUGAAGUGCCCUUUUUUAAAC